AUGGUGCAUGAGAGGACUCAUAUAGGAGAGCGAAGAUAUAAGUGCUCGCAGUGUGGGAGAACGUAUCCUUGUCUCAUUGACUUCCGCAUGCACCGGAAGAGCCACGCAGGAGAGAAGCCCCAUGGACGUCCCUCGGAUGGUGUCAGAGGCUCCAGUCGGAAUGCCCCCCUGCCCCCGCACCGAGGAUCUGGUCUGGCAGAGAAGUUUGGCUUUGAGAGCAGCGAAGAGGACGAGGGGCCGGGGAUCUCUGCCCAGGAAGCCCAAGCUCAGGCCCUCCCACAGCAGGACCCCCGGAGAACCCAGACAGGGGAGAAACCUUUCGAAUGCUCAGACUGUGGAAAGAGAUUCAGUCACAAAGGCCUUCUUCAAGUGCAUCAGAGAACCCACACAGGGGAGAAACCUUUUGAGUGCUCAGAGUGUGGGAAGAGAUUCAGUUGGAGUACCAGUUUUCUACAGCAUCAGAGAACCCAUACAGGGGAGAAACCUUUUGAAUGCUCAGCAUGUGGAAAGAGAUUCAGUCAGAGAUGCCAACUUCAGUUGCAUCAGAGAACCCACACAGGGGAGAAACCUUUUGAGUGCUCAGUGUGCAAAAAGAGAUUCAGUUGGAGUGGCCAACUUCAGCAGCAUCAGAGAACCCACACAGGAGACAAACCUUUUGAAUGCUCAGCAUGCAGAAAGAGAUUCAGUCAGAGUGGCCAUCUUCAACGGCAUCAGAGAACCCACACAGGGGAGAAACCUUUUGAAUGUUCAGAGUGUGGAAAGAGAUUCAGUGAGAGUAGUAGUCUUCGGAAGCACCAAAGAACCCACACAGGGGAGAAGCCUUUUGAAUGCUCAGAGUGCGGAAAGACAUUCAGUCGGAGUGGCAGUCUUCAGCGGCAUCAAAGAACCCACACAGGGGAGAAGCCUUUUGCAUGCUCAGAGUGCGGAAAGAGAUUCAGUGAGAGUGGCAAUCUUCAGCAGCAUCAAAAAACCCACACAGGGGAGAAGCCUUUUGAAUGCUCAGAAUGCAGAAAGAGAUUCAGUCACAGUGGCCAUCUUCAACGGCAUCGAAGAACCCACACAGCGGAGAAACCUUUUGACAGCUCAGAGUGUGAAUAGAAAUUCAGUACCAGUGGCCAUCUUCAACUGUGUUGAAGAAGCCACACGGAGGAGAACCCUUUUGAAUGCUCAAAGCAUGGAAAGAGAUUCACUCAAUUUGACACUUUUCUACUGCAUUGAGGAUCCCACACAAGGAGAAACGAUGUAACUGCUUAGUCAUGAAAAUAGCUUUUCUCCUAUUUCACACCUGAAAAACAA